CGCCGUCACCCAUGCGCAGGCUGCAAACCUCCAAAGUGCCCGACUCGCCUCAGCCGUGACACCCGUGGAGCGUCGGCAGAAGGAGACGGAAGAUGUCUGCGGGCUUGGAGUUGAUCGGCAUCUCCCUGUGCAUCCUGGGAUGGAUUAUCGCCAUCGUGGCGUGCGCCCUCCCCAUGUGGCGGGUGACGGCCUUCAUCGGCAGCAACAUCGUGACGGCGCAGAUCAUCUGGGAAGGCCUGUGGAUGACCUGCGUGGUCCAGAGCACGGGGCAGAUGCAGUGCAAGGUCUACGACUCCAUGCUGGCGCUCUCCCAGGACCUGCAGUCGGCCCGCGCCCUCACCGUCAUCUCCAUCUUGUUGGCCAUCUUGGCCGUGCUCGUCGCCAUCACCGGCGCCAAGUGCACCAACUGCAUCGAAGACGAGGCCUCCAAGGCUAAGGUGAUGAUCAUCUCCGGGGUCUUCUUCAUCGUCUCGGGGUUCAUGCAACUCAUCCCCGUGUCCUGGUCCGCCAACACUAUCAUCAGGGACUUCUACAACCCCCUGCUGACCGACGCCCAGAGGCGGGAGCUGGGCGCCGCGCUUUACAUCGGCUGGGCGGCUGCCGCCCUCCUGCUUCUCGGCGGCGGGCUCCUCUGCUGCUCCUGCCCGCCACGCGAGGCCAGGUACAACAACUCCAGGAUGGCGUACUCGGCCUCGCGAUCCGCAGGCGGUCCGGGGCUGGAGAGGAAGGACUAUGUGUGAGCGUGGACCCGGAAAAAGACAGUUUCCUUCCAGAAUAACACGAGACUCCGCCAUGAAGGAAGCCUUUUAUUUUGUCUCGAAAGGAAGGAAACAGAAGCCGUGUUUAUUUCCUUCAAUCACGUAAUUGACUGAACAUUUUCACCCCGCUUCCAAAAACACACCUAAUUUUCAUCGACAGCAUGACGUCAUCUCAAGAGGAGGUGUAAAAAAACCCGGAGAGCUACUUUUUUCUAAUAACAACAAUAAUAAAAGAACAAAUAAUAACACCUCAUUGUUCACUGAUAUCAACCCACACUUUGUGUACUGUCUAUAACUUUUUCAAUAAACGUCAUCUUUCA